AGAAUUACAGCAGCUCAAUUGCCUUCACAUUCACAUAACGUGGGUUCUAUUUCUAUGUCAUCAACUGGUGGUCAUUAUCAUACAAUUAACGAUCCAGGACACAACCAUGGCGGUAGCACAGGCGCUUCAGGUUUCUUAAACGGGAAUGGCAGAUGGCAUGCAGGUAAAGAUGGAUGGAGAAUAGCAGAGGGCACACAUUCACAUUCUAUCCCAACGGGACGCACUGGCAUAAGUGUGAAUUAUGCUGGUGAUCAUAGUCACACAUUGUCUGGAUAUACUGGGCCCGUCGGAAACGGUGAACAAUUCAGCAUUAUGCAGCCUUAUCAGACGAUGAACUAUAUCAUUUAUACUGAUUAA